CAUUGUUGAUUUCAACAAGCAUUUGGGUGAAGUGAAGCUUCCAUUUUUUGCAAUAUAAAGAUGAAGUUCAGCAAAGACUUCAAGAGGCAAAUGGUACCUGAAUGGAUAGAAGCCUAUGUGGAUUACGAUGGUCUCAAACGUAUUUUACGAGAGAUUUUGCAUUACAACCUAAGCAAGAAACGGGAAACACCCUUGAAAUCCUUGGAGAAGAAGUUAUCUCUGCAUCGAACUCUUAGCGGUUUACAUCGGCACACCAACGGAGAUGUGGAGAACCAAGUGACUAGAGAAGGAAGAGAGAUCGAGAUCGAGUUCUUUAGGAAACUUGAUGAAGAACUCAACAAGAUCAAUACAUUUUAUAAGGAACAGAUAGAAGUAGUGAUGGAUGAAUCAACUUUGCUGAAUAAACAACUCCACGCUUUGAUUGCCUUGCGGCUCAAGGUACGAAGCUCUUGCAGUAAUGGUGCUUGUUCACCGGAACAUCAGGAAAUGGGGUCUCUGGAUUCAAGUUCUGAAGUGGAGAUGAGUGAACAUCGUGCACUAGAAGUAUCUUCCAACUCUCUUAGUGGAAGUGAAAUCACGGAUGUGAUUCUCCAAGGGAUAAACCAAGAUGAUGAAUCAACGAGUGUCUCGGAGAACAAUACGAUUGAGAAGAGUAACGGUCGCCCGGAGGAAGUAGGCAACAACUCUACCAACCAACAAGGUGAUCCCCUAGAAAUCCUUGAGAGAGUGAAGAUAAGAAACACCCUUGAAUCUCCUCUAGAUACCAUAAAAGGUGUUUUCAAGGAUUCCAAACAUGAUGACUUGUGUUUCAAGAAAGAUGAACUGAAGAAAGUUGAAGCAAAGCUGAGACUGGCCUUUAUUGAGUUCUAUCAGAAGCUAAGGCUUGUAAAGCAAUACAGUUUCAUGAAUCUCUCGGCAUUAUCCAAGAUCAUGAAAUCAUAUGAAAAGAUUACAUCAAGAAGGGAAGCAAGACUAUACAUUCAAAAAAUCGACAACUCUUAUAUCGGAAGUUCUGAUGAGGUGAAUAAUCUAUUGGAAAGAGUUGAAGCUACCUUCAUCAAGCACUUUUCGAAUUCAAAUAUACAAAAAGGCAUGAAAUCAUUGAGGCCAAAAACUAAGACAGAGAAGCACAGUGUAACAUUCUGGUCUGGAUGUUUUUCUGGUUUUUCAGCAGCAUUGCUCAUUGCUGUUGCUUUAAGAAUAGAGACAAAGAAACUAAUGGAGGAGGAGGGUGCCUCCUACACGGUUAACAUUUUCCCACUUUACAGUAUUUUUGCAUAUAUUGUCCUGCAUUUGCUCAUAUAUGCUGCAGACAUAUACUUUUGGAGACGUUUUAAAAUCAACUAUCCGUUUAUCUUCGGUUUCAAGCCGGGAACUGAGUUAAGCUAUCGAGAAGUGUUCCUCCUCGGUACAGGUCUCGCUGUACUUUCAUUAAGUUGUUUCCUGGGGAACUUGUACUUAGAUUUGGGCUCUACAACUCAAAGAUACAAGACAUUAACUGGUCUUUUCCCUUUGGGCUUAGUUGCAAUUGUUCUGAUCAUAUUGUUUUGCCCUUUUAACAUCAUAUAUCGGUCGACGCGUUUCUUCUUCAUUAAGUCCUUAUUUCGCUGCCUUUGCGCUCCUCUUUACAAGGUCACACUACCAGAUUUCUUCUUGGCAGAUCAUGUCACCAGCCAGGUCACAGCUAUAAGGAGUCUCGACCUUUAUAUUUGCUACUAUGGUUUAGGAGAACGCUCCCAACGAGAAAGCAAAUGCCAUGGUCACGGUAUUUACAAUGUCCUUUAUUUAGCCGUGCCGGUGAUACCGUUCUGGCUCCGUUUCUUACAGUGCAUUCGUCGAUUGUUCGAGGAAAAAGAAGCUAUGCACGGAUACAGCAGCGUGAACUACCUCUUGACAAUUGUUGCAGCUAUCAUUAGAACUAUUUGUGAACUAAAGAAGGGAAUGGCUUGGAUGGUGUUGGCUUUGGUAAGCUCAUCUGUAGUAGUAAUAGUCGCUACAUAUUGGGAUAUCGUCUUCGACUGGGGACUUUUACGACGGCAUUCGAAGAAUCCUUAUCUCAGAGAUAAACUUCUAGUUCCAUACAAAAGUGUUUACUUUGCAGCAAUGGCCCUGGAUGUAGUGUUGAGAAUUGCUUGGAUGCAGUUGGUGUUGGAAUUUAAGUUGCACUCACUUCAUAGAAUGGCAAUAACAACCGUAGUCUCUUGUCUGGAAAUCAUUCGUCGCGGUAUUUGGAGCUUCUUCAGGAUAGAGAAUGAACACUUGAACAACGUUGGAAAGUAUCGAGCAUUCAAAUCGGUUCCGCUUCCUUUCAAUUAUGAUGAAGCGGAGGAAUCAAGCAAGGAUGAUUAAUCUUUAAGCACCUUCAAUAUCUCUAUCUUAGAAGCAGGCAAGGCAAAUCGAAUCCAUUUUGUUGGAAGGCAAUCCAGCAGCAUUAAAAAUCUUCAGAAACCUGAUACCUUUAACAAAUUCAGUGUCAGAAAGAUGUAGUAAAUGCUUCUUCUUUUUUAUUUAAUACCCAAAAAGAAACAAAUGGCUUUUAGCUGCCAAAAGUAGAGUGAUAAUUUGUAUACCCAUGUUUUGUUCAUGUAUUUUUAUAGUGUUUUAAAGAAGUUUUAGAUUCAUAUAAA